AGAAAUUGAAGAAAGGGAAAAGAAAUAUAAUUAAUUUUAGGAGAGUUUGGUAAGGUGGUGGCUUGCAGUCUUCAAACCCCUCCAUUUCCCCAAAUCCCCCGUCUGAUCGGAUCCAAUUUGCAGUGAUCUAAACUCCAUAAACGACAGUCAGAGCAAUCUUUCGCGCGCGAAAAAAAGAUAUGUGGGGAAUCGUUCGGCAAAAAGCUGGCGCUGCAGCCUCCUCUAUUUUGAUUUCCGGGCAGUCUUUGCAGAGACUUCGCCCUGCUGCAUCGGCAUCCAGAUACUAUUCAUCUGCAGCAAAAGAGAUGACAGUGAGAGAUGCUCUAAACUCUGCACUUGAUGAAGAAAUGUCCGCUGAUCCUAAAGUAUUUUUGAUGGGUGAAGAGGUUGGAGAAUAUCAGGGUGCCUAUAAGAUAACCAAAGGGCUCUUGGAGAAGUAUGGUCCAGAGAGGGUUCUUGAUACCCCAAUCACAGAGGCUGGGUUUGCUGGUAUUGGUGUUGGUGCUGCUUACCAUGGUCUGAAGCCUGUUGUGGAGUUUAUGACUUUUAAUUUCUCCAUGCAGGCCAUUGAUCAUAUCAUUAACUCUGCGGCAAAAACAAAUUAUAUGUCAGCUGGCCAAAUUUCUGUGCCAAUUGUCUUCAGAGGGCCCAAUGGUGCAGCUGCUGGAGUUGGUGCCCAGCACUCUCAGUGUUAUGCAGCAUGGUAUGGCUCCUGUCCUGGCUUGAAAGUUUUGGCCCCAUAUUCAUCUGAAGAUGCUCGUGGGCUUUUAAAGGCUGCCAUAAGGGAUCCAGAUCCUGUGGUGUUUCUUGAAAAUGAGUUAUUAUAUGGUGAAUCAUUCCCUGUUUCUGCUGAGGUCCUCGAUUCCAGUUUCACCGCUCCCAUAGGAAAAGCUAAGAUUGAGAGAGAAGGGAAGGAUGUGACUAUUACUGCCUUUUCGAAGAUGGUGGGCUAUGCACUUAAGGCAGCUGAAGAACUUUCCAAAGAAGGAAUUAGUGCUGAGGUUAUAAACCUGCGUUCUAUUCGACCGCUAGACAGAGCCACAAUUAAUGCUUCAGUUAGGAAGACCAACAGAUUAGUAACAGUUGAAGAAGGGUUCCCUCAGCACGGCGUUGGUGCUGAGAUUUGUGCAUCUGUUGUGGAGGACAGUUUUGGCUAUCUUGAUGCGCCAGUGGAGAGGAUUUCAGGGGCUGACAUUCCUAUGCCUUAUGCAGCCAAUCUCGAAAGGAUGGCUGUCCCUCAGAUUGAGGACAUUGUUCGAGCAGCAAAAAGAGCAUGCUACAGAGCCGUACCUUUGGCCGCAACUGGUUGAUUUUGCCCUUCCAAUCUGGAAAGUUAUUCCAUCUUAGGGUAAGAUUCAAUGACUUCUUUGUCCUUUUCUGUUCCUGUUCCCUGAAUCAAGGAGAAAUUUCACUUUUCCCUUGUACAAUAAAACCUCUCGAUGACUUUUAUUGUCAAGACAAUUACAACCAUUUUUUUAACGGGCAAGUCCAAUCAAAGUACGAUAUAUUUUUGUGAAAAGAAACAUCGUUUCUUGCCAAAAUCAUCACAGCUAUAGGAUGAAAAUUGGUGGUCCGUGCAAGGAUUUGGCUUUUAGUGAAUAUAUUUGACACUUGUAAAAUCAUAUCUGGCUUAGCAGAUGCAGGGUGUCACGGUCAAUCUACUGUAUUCAUAGUA